AUGGCGAUCAAGCACAACCAGAAGCUUAUCAGCACCCAUCUCCGAAAGGACUGGCAACGUCGGGUUCGAUGCCACUUCGAUCAGCCCGGUGCCAAGGUCAGGCGUCGGGACGCCCGUAGGGCCAAGGCUGCCGCCGUCGCCCCUCGUCCCGUCGACCUUCUCCGACCUAUUGUGCGAUGCCCUACCGUCAAGCACAACCGCCGUGCCAGGGCUGGCCGCGGUUUCUCUCUUGAGGAGCUCAAGGCUGCCGGUGUCCCCCGCCUCUACGCCCCCACGAUCGGUAUUGCUGUCGAUCACCGCCGCCAGAACAUCUCCGAGGAGUCCCUCGCCGCCAACGUCGCCCGCCUGAAGGAGUACCUCGCUCGCGUUAUCGUCCUCCCCCGCAGGUCCAACGCCCCCAAGAAGGGUGACACCAAGGCCGACCUCUCCAAGGUUGAUCUCGUCUCUUCCCUCGCCUCCGCCAUCCCCAUCGUCUCCUCCGACAAGACCAUCAAGGAGAUCAGCAAGGCCGACCUUCCUAAGGCCAUCGAGGGUGGUGCGUACAGGAAGCUCAGGCUCGCCCGCAGCGACGCCAGGUUGGCUGGUGUCAGGGAGAAGCGCAUCAGGGAUAAGGCCGAGGCCGAGGCUGCCAAGAAAUAA